AUGUUGCUGGUGCGCGGCAGCACCACGCAGGCGGGCUGCCUGGCGCUGUCGCUGCGCGUGCCGCCGCACUUCGCGCCCUCCGGCAUCGCGCACUACCUCAUCCUCGCCACGCCCAAGGGCUACAAGAUCAAGGUGCGCUGCAGUGCAAUGUUGCUGGUGCGCGGCAGCACCACGCAGGCGGGCUGCCUGGCGCUGUCGCUGCGCGUGCCGCCGCACUUCGCGCCCUCCGGCAUCGCGCACUACCUCAUCCUCGCCACGCCCAAGGGCUACAAGAUCAAGGUGCGCUGCAGUGCAAUGUUGCUGGUGCGCGGCAGCACCACGCAGGCGGGCUGCCUGGCGCUGUCGCUGCGCGUGCCGCCGCACUUCGCGCCCUCCGGCAUCGCGCACUACCUCAUCCUCGCCACGCCCAAGGGCUACAAGAUCAAGGUGCGCUGCAGUGCAAUGUUGCUGGUGCGCGGCAGCACCACGCAGGCGGGCUGCCUGGCGCUGUCGCUGCGCGUGCCGCCGCACUUCGCGCCCUCCGGCAUCGCGCACUACCUCAUCCUCGCCACGCCCAAGGGCUACAAGAUCAAGGUGCGCUGCAGUGCAAUGUUGCUGGUGCGCGGCAGCACCACGCAGGCGGGCUGCCUGGCGCUGUCGCUGCGCGUGCCGCCGCACUUCGCGCCCUCCGGCAUCGCGCACUACCUCAUCCUCGCCACGCCCAAGGGCUACAAGAUCAAGGUGCGCUGCAGUGCAAUGUUGCUGGUGCGCGGCAGCACCACGCAGGCGGGCUGCCUGGCGCUGUCGCUGCGCGUGCCGCCGCACUUCGCGCCCUCCGGCAUCGCGCACUACCUCAUCCUCGCCACGCCCAAGGGCUACAAGAUCAGGGUGCGCUGCAGUGCAAUGUUGCUGGUGCGCGGCAGCACCACGCAGGCGGGCUGCCUGGCGCUGUCGCUGCGCGUGCCGCCGCACUUCGCGCCCUCCGGCAUCGCGCACUACCUCAUCCUCGCCACGCCCAAGGGCUACAAGAUCAAGGUGCGCUGCAGUGCAAUGUUGCUGGUGCGCGGCAGCACCACGCAGGCGGGCUGCCUGGCGCUGUCGCUGCGCGUGCCGCCGCACUUCGCGCCCUCCGGCAUCGCGCACUACCUCAUCCUCGCCACGCCCAAGGGCUACAAGAUCAAGGUGCGCUGCAGUGCAAUGUUGCUGGUGCGCGGCAGCACCACGCAGGCGGGCUGCCUGGCGCUGUCGCUGCGCGUGCCGCCGCACUUCGCGCCCUCCGGCAUCGCGCACUACCUCAUCCUCGCCACGCCCAAGGGCUACAAGAUCAAGGUGCGCUGCAGUGCAAUGUUGCUGGUGCGCGGCAGCACCACGCAGGCGGGCUGCCUGGCGCUGUCGCUGCGCGUGCCGCCGCACUUCGCGCCCUCCGGCAUCGCGCACUACCUCAUCCUCGCCACGCCCAAGGGCUACAAGAUCAAGGUGCGCUGCAGUGCAAUGUUGCUGGUGCGCGGCAGCACCACGCAGGCGGGCUGCCUGGCGCUGUCGCUGCGCGUGCCGCCGCACUUCGCGCCCUCCGGCAUCGCGCACUACCUCAUCCUCGCCACGCCCAAGGGCUACAAGAUCAAGGUGCGCUGCAGUGCAAUGUUGCUGGUGCGCGGCAGCACCACGCAGGCGGGCUGCCUGGCGCUGUCGCUGCGCGUGCCGCCGCACUUCGCGCCCUCCGGCAUCGCGCACUACCUCAUCCUCGCCACGCCCAAGGGCUACAAGAUCAAGGUGCGCUGCAGUGCAAUGUUGCUGGUGCGCGGCAGCACCACGCAGGCGGGCUGCCUGGCGCUGUCGCUGCGCGUGCCGCCGCACUUCGCGCCCUCCGGCAUCGCGCACUACCUCAUCCUCGCCACGCCCAAGGGCUACAAGAUCAAGGUGCGCUGCAGUGCAAUGUUGCUGGUGCGCGGCAGCACCACGCAGGCGGGCUGCCUGGCGCUGUCGCUGCGCGUGCCGCCGCACUUCGCGCCCUCCGGCAUCGCGCACUACCUCAUCCUCGCCACGCCCAAGGGCUACAAGAUCAAGGUGCGCUGCAGUGCAAUGUUGCUGGUGCGCGGCAGCACCACGCAGGCGGGCUGCCUGGCGCUGUCGCUGCGCGUGCCGCCGCACUUCGCGCCCUCCGGCAUCGCGCACUACCUCAUCCUCGCCACGCCCAAGGGCUACAAGAUCAAGGUGCGCUGCAGUGCAAUGUUGCUGGUGCGCGGCAGCACCACGCAGGCGGGCUGCCUGGCGCUGUCGCUGCGCGUGCCGCCGCACUUCGCGCCCUCCGGCAUCGCGCACUACCUCAUCCUCGCCACGCCCAAGGGCUACAAGAUCAAGGGUUUCACGAAGGAGUUCAGCUCGCUGAGCGCGCUGGUGACGCACCACAGCGUGAUGCCGGAGCUGCUGCCCGUGGCGCUGCGCCUGCCGCGCGCGCCCGCCCGCCCGCGACAAGACCUCGAGCCGCUCGACGCGCUGGCGCAGCUCGUGCGCCGCGACACUGCGCACCCGCACCCGCCGCACCCGCACCCGCCGCACCCGCACCCCCCGCACCCGUACCGCGCGCCGCUCGACGUAUGA